UAAGGGGAGAAAGCUUGGUGGCCUGUGGGUUCGUGCGCGCCUCCCUUCGUCUCUCCCUCGUUCUUUGCUCUCUGCCGAUCAACUUUGGGUGGACGACUGACAACUGUCUGCGUAGAGGAGCAAUACGGGCGACGCCAAACGAAGCCAGACGGGACGCCGGACAGGCGUGCGAGGCUCUUUUCAAUCGCCGAUAGCGCUUCCUCGUGGAGGCAGACCAGCACAGUGCAGCGCGCAACAUUCAGCCGCGCUCCGCGAAAACUACCACGACGAAGGACGAUUCAGCAACAAUGAGCCAGCAGACGACAACAACGAGCCAGAGCGCCCAGGUGGCGGCGCAGCAGGCCUCGUUCAAGGUUGGCGAGAUGUAUCAGGUUGUCGAUGUCGUUGGCGAGGGCGCAUAUGGCGUCGUCUGCUCGGCCAUUCAUGUGCCAACACAGUCGAGGGUGGCAAUCAAGCGCAUCACGCCCUUUGAUCACUCGAUGUUCUGCCUGCGAACUCUCCGAGAGAUCAAGCUCCUUCGCCAUUUUAAUCACGAGAACAUCAUCAGCAUUCUCGAUAUCAUCAAGCCAGACAGCUAUGAGUCGUUCAGCGAGGUCUAUCUCAUCCAAGAGCUCAUGGAGACGGACAUGCACAGAGUCAUUCGCACCCAGGAGCUCUCCGAUGACCAUUGCCAGUACUUUAUCUACCAGACGCUCCGAGGGCUCAAGGCGCUUCAUUCGGCGCAGGUUCUCCACCGCGACCUCAAGCCGUCGAACCUCCUUCUCAAUGCCAACUGCGACUUGAAGAUCUGCGACUUUGGCCUGGCGAGGAGCGCCAACCAACCCGAGGCAGAGGGGACCGGCUUCAUGACCGAAUACGUCGCUACGAGGUGGUACCGAGCCCCGGAAAUCAUGCUGACGUUCAAGGAGUACACCAAGGCCAUCGACGUGUGGUCCGUUGGGUGCAUUUUGGCUGAGAUGCUGUCCGGCAGACCGUUGUUCCCCGGCCGCGACUACCACCACCAACUCUCGCUGACCCUUGAGAUUCUGGGCACGCCUUCGCUCGACGACUUCUACGCAAUUUCGUCGACCCGGUCGCGAGACUACAUCAGAGCGCUGCCCUUCCGCAAACGGCGCAACUUUUCGCAAAUGUUCCCCAAUGCCAACCCGCUGGCCGUGGACCUCAUGGAGCGUUGCUUGACCUUUAGCCCUCGAAAACGCAUCACCGUCGAAGAAGCUCUCGCCCAUCCUUACCUCGAACCCUACCACGACCCCGAAGACGAGCCGACGGCAUCUCCUCUCGACCCUUCAUUCUUCUCAUUUGACUACUCAAAGGAGCAACUCUCGCGCGCUCAACUCAAGCAACUCAUCUUCCAAGAGGUCGCUCGCUAGACAUUGAACAAACGCACAUGAUUACCCAUGGCCCAAACUUUCCUCUAGUCACUCUUCUCGUUUCCAUACUCUCCGUACCCAUUCAAGGUGGUGUCAUUAUCGUCGAUGGUGGAGGAGCAGCUCCUCUUGCUCCCACACACUGUGACUGUGUCAAUGCAUCUAGACUUUAGCUGUUGCGCCUUAGCCUAUGGAC